AUGCUCUACGUUGUUUCAUACAGCCUAAGAGUUAUUCUAGUCCCAGUCCUACUCGUGGCCAGUGUAAUUACUGCUGCAGAGCCCGUGCAAUACUGCCGUUUCGGCCAUAAUAUCCAGAGCCAAGAUGCGGACGUCGACUUUUGCCUGGGCGUUGCAAUGCACCAGAAUGCCUCGUCGAAGAAUUAUGACAUGUACCUGACGAUGACGGUCACCCGGAGCUCAUCUCUUGGAUGGACUGCAAUUGGCACCGGAUCAUCCAUGGCCGGCUCGCUAAUGUUUAUCCUCUACGGCGACCCGUACGCCAACGAGCCCCCAACUGUGAGCAUCAGAACUGUUGAGGGGCAUCACCAACCGCAGCUCGUCUCCCAGGCAGAUAUGGGAGCGGCCGACGUUCGUCUCCUACAAGCUUCCUGGGUGCCCGCUUCCAUAGCAGAGAGCGAGCUCUCUACCCGAGGAGCAAGCCCAGUCUCAGUCGCCAAGUUGGCUAUCGUCUGCUAUUCAUGUGAACAGUGGCCCGGGGCAUCGAUCUCCGCGAGUGCCGUUUCACAGCCCUGGAUCUGGGCAUGGAACGACGAACAGGAGUUCGCCGUGUACUCCCACGACGCACACCUGGAUGCGCACAAGCAUGAUGCGGGCAAUGGGGGCUGGGGUCGGUUUUAUAUCGAUAUGGCUCGAUCCAUCAACAAGGAAGUCUAUCCACCGUCUUUGCCGCAGAUUAGACCACACGUCCGUAUUAUAGGUGCAUCCGAUAGCCCUCGAGGGACCGGGUGGAUGGGCUGGCUUGGUCCAAUUCACGGGCUUCUCUUGGGUACUGCGUAUCUAAUUCUAUUGCCGAUAGGGGUGGUUGCUAUGCGGUGUGGCUUGGCCAAGUCAUUCAAGUAUCACUGGAUUAUCCAGCUUGUCGGUUCCGUCUUUAUCUGGUCUGGUGUGCUCCUCGGAAUCCUGCAGAGCCGUCGGCUUGACACUACCCAUCAGUGGAUCGGAAUCACCGUCGCCAUUUGCAGUCUGGUUCAGAUUUUACUCGGUUGGCGUCAUCAUGUUGUCUUUAUGAAAACUAAACGCCGUCAAUGGGCCUCCCACAGCCAUAUCUGGUUGGGGCGAGGAUUUCUCAUUUUCGGCUGGGGUAACAUUAUUACCGGGAUAGUGCUGGCUGGACAUAGCUUGAAGUGGACCGCUAUAGCAUCCAGUGUGGUCACGGUGGACGCUCUAGUUUUGAUCGGCUGCACUUGGGUACUGAAACGGCGCAUGAGAGGCGAGAGUCCGCAGGCACCGCAUUUGUCUCGACUCCCUCCAUGGAAAUCACAAAGGGAAGAAUAUUUUGUUUUAACGGCUGCCGAUGAGGAUGAGGACGAUGAUAGAUCAAGUCGCGAUAUCCAGGAGUCUCCCAUGCUCACUCGCAAGGAUAUCGACUAA